GUCUUGCGCGCGCGUCCCGAGCCGCCACGCCGCGCCGCCGGCAAACGAAAACAAAAGACGAGCGCUGGUUCGUGCUCGCGAGUGUCUCGUGGUGCCAGUGCCCCGGAAACAUCUCCAUCAGGGUUGAGGAGGGGGGAGGGAGGGAAGUGCCAUGCCGGGAAUGGCAAGUUAUCCGUGCGACGAGUGUGGAAUAAGUUACUGAAAGCAUUGGUGCGUCAAGCAUGGAAGAAGACACGAAGGAUUAUAACCCCUGUACUGAGAUGAUUUUAUUUACGAUCAGAAUUGCUUAACAAUGCCAAUAUACAUCUUCCGUGAACACAACACUGCGGUUAAUAUAACUAUAUAGCGACCAACUACAAAAAGUUUGCAUUUAUCCAGCAUAGUGAUACAAUUCAUACAUUGUAUGCAUUUUUUUUAUUUGUGUGUAUGUGUGUGUGUGUGUGUGUGUGCAACAAAUUCUUUACACGUCUCAGUUACCCCUGCGUCAGCAACGUCGCGAAGUAAAGAAGGCCUGACGGAACAAUAAUUAAGAGACCGCUAAUUGUGUAAAGUUGACGAGUACAAGGCGGGCGACACUUUGCGACUGUUAAAAUCAAUUAAGACCUCCAGGACGUUUCUAGGCAGACGUAAACAUCACCCACGUUGCCACAUGUGUCUGCGGUUAUUUGACAAGUGACUCCCGCUCUGUUUAUCAUUUUUUUUUUUAAUUGUGCUUGCGUGUUGACGGAGGUUAAUCGUCGGUUCGUGCGAGUGUGAAACUAGUCGAGGUUUCGGAAUGUGGAUCGGUAUGUUCUAAAUUUAGGUCUCGGUUAGAAGAAUAGUUUUGUGAAGGAGGGGGGAAACACGUAGCCCACGAACCUUUUCGUGCGGCUGAUGACACGAUGCUAAUUUUAACCUCUCUUCUUUGCCGAAAGGUAUUUCGGUGAUUUCUUUUUGGUUUCUCCCACGUUUUUUUUUUUAAAGUCCCGUUUGUGGUUAUUUGGAUUAGAACUGCUGACGCAAGGGUUUUUACUAAGGAUGGCACACUGCAGAAGUGGAGUGACUUGAAAUAAAAAAUAAUAGUAAUUAAUUGUGUAAGAAGCAAUUAAAGAACAACAUUUAAGCGAGGAGAGUGUAGCAUGUCCUGGCACAGAAACGGCGCUCGAUGCACAGCAAAAUCUGGCAACAGCGCGCGGGUCGACACAGCGCCGGUUUCUCCCACUACGCCAAGAGAUGGCAGCACCAAGAUACCGGCUUGGGGCAGCGCUCUCCCGCCCCCCUCGCCGCGGCCCAACUACGUGACGGUGGGGUCCGUGCGCUACGCAGUUCGCUUCGCCACGCCGCAACAGAUCGCGACGCGCGCGCGGCGCGAGCAGCUGCUGCUGCCUGGCGGCGGCUCCGGCAACCAGGCGGACUGCUGCGGCUGCGCGCGCGUGGUGCUCCCCAGCGGCGCGCCCGCGAACCACGUCGACUGCUGCUGCGGCGCCGUGCAGCUCCAGUGGCGGGAGCGGACGCCGCCACCGCCGCCGGCGUCCAGGAUCCCCCUCCCCUCGCCCGGCCCGUCUCAGGCGUCGACGGCGAAGCAGCAGCCGGCUAUAAUUAGGCGCGGGCUGUUCGGCCGCAUAAAUAGCGGCGAGCGGGGAGGCGCCAGUGCGGAGCCCGGGUGCGCGGCGACCGGCCGCGGAGUGAGGAGCUGCUUCCGGCCGCAGGGGGAUGACGACGAGCGAGGGGGAGGGGUGAGGAGCAUGCAGACGGACCCCGCGCCGCCCCAGCGACGGGUCCUGGUGCGCGCCAAGCCCGACGUGCCCGCCCACCUGCGGCUGUGCGCGCCGGAUGACGCCGCCGCCGCCGCCGCCGCCGCCCCCGAGCAGCGCCGCAACACGCUGGACCGCUUCCACAGGCGCCUGUUCGGCGAGCGCCGGAGGAAGGAGCGCACGGGCGACCAGUCGGGCCGGCUGCGCGAGCUGACCGAGCGACUCAAGGGCGCGCCGCCGCCCCCGCCGCCGCCGGCCGCAGCCGCGCAGCCCUCGGCGAGCAGUCCGCCGCCGCCGCCGCCCGAGGCCGCCCCCGCCGCGGCCCCGGCCGACGACGAGAAGGAGGAUGACAUCUUCGAGUGCGUCGACCUGAAGCUGCCCAAGCCCGAGUCGCGCACCAUCGUCGGCUCGUACAUACAGAGGACGAUACCUUUCCGCAGCGCGUCCUUCUCGCAGGUGGACUUCAACCCCGCCGACGGCAAGUACAUCCGGAGCAGCCCGCGCUGCGGGACCUACACGGCCGUGCCCGCGUGCCCGGCGUCGGCCAUCGCCGGCGGGUCGCUGACGCUGCCGCGCAAGAAGCUCCCCGACUCGAAGCCGGUGACGCCGCCCGCGUCCUCGCCGCCGCCCCAGCCCCAGGAGGCGGAGGAACUCCCGGCAGAGAGCCCUCCUCCGGCCGAGGAGCCGGGACCCCCGGCGCCGGCGCACAAGCCCUCCGGGUCGCGCUCUCUGACGUACCCGCUCCCGCGCCGCGGGUCCCGGCCGGACGACGACAUCCCGUUCUCCUCCAUCGACGGGAACGGCCUGAAGAGCCUGUCGCACCCGGCCGGCCGCGAGCUGCAGGAGGUGGCCGAGGAGUGCGAGACCUGCCCCAGGAGCGACGAGGAGGGUGUGCAGCAGUCCCCGGGCUGCGCGGAGGGGGCGGACCCCGGGGAGGAACAGCCCCCGCCCGAGACCCCCGACGCGGGGGUCGACGACGAGCCGAGCGGCGCCGGGACGCCGGAGAAGGCCGACAUCGAGAUCGAGAGCCGCCGGAAGGUGAUACACCUCGCGCCGUCGGACGCAGACGCGCCGCGCGAGGUGUUCGUGACGGAGUGGCCGCGGCCCGAGGACCGCGAGACGGACAUCGGCGCCGGGGACGACGCCAGGUCGUCCGGGGACAGCAGCUCGCGGCCGCACUCGGGCAGCGUGUCCAAGCAGUCGUCGCUGGAGGGCGACAAGGCGGCGCUGCCGUGGCACCGGCAGGAGAGCUCGCAGGACUCGGACUCGCCGAAGAGGUGGUCGGGCGAGGGCGACCGCACGUCCAGCGAGUGGAGCGGCGCGGCCCCGCGGCCCAGGCUGGUGUGCCAGAGCUCGGAGGAGAAGGACGACGAGGCGGGGCGGAGGUGUAUAGCGCCGCCGCCGCCCGCCGCGCGCGCAGACUCGCUGUCCGAGGGCGAGAGCGACCAGGGCGAGCGGCGGCCGGCGACCCCGUCUACCUCGCUGCCGCUGUCGCCCUCGGACGUGUCCGACUCGGAGGGCCGCGCCGGGCGGCGGCAGGCGGCGCCGCGGCGCUACUCCAAGCGGCCCCUGCGCGGGCCGUACGGCCAGAUGCUGGAGGCGGAGAUGAAGAAGCCCGAGGCGAGCCGCACCUUCUCCAAGCUGCAGUACAACGAGGAGCUCAAGUUCCUGGAGGAGUACUCGCCGACCGGCGCCCCCGCGGCGCCGGCGCAGUCGGCCGACGACCCGCGGGCUGAGGCGCCCACGCCGCUGCCCCGCGCCGCGCCCAAGAGGAAGGUGAGCGCGCCGCACUCGGCGCCCGUGCUGGCGCUGGGCCGCGGCGGGGCCUUCGUGUGCCACACGAGGACCACGUCCAGCCCCUCCAAGCUGGAGGGCCACUCGGGCCCGCCGCGGCCCGGGCCAGAGCUGCUGGCCGAGCUGCUGCGGGGCAGCUCCGAGCGCGUGGCGGCCCCCGCGCCCGCCCUAGACUCUGCGGCGCAGCACUGGAAGGACACCCGAACGCACGUGGUCGUGGAGCUGUUCGACACGGAGAGGUCCUACGUGGAGUCCUUGCAGAUCCUGGUCACGAAGUACCUGCAGCCGCUGAAGAGCCCCGAGAACGCCGGCCUCGUGGACGCCGUCCUGGUCGACGAGAUCUUCUUCCAGAUCCCGGCCAUCCUGGCGCACCACGAGGUGUUCCUGGAGGAGCUCCGGGGGCGGCUGGAGCGCUGGGACAGCCAGCAGACCGUGGGCGACAUCUUCCUGGAGGCCUUCACCAAGCAGCCGCUGCUGGAGACGUACACCGCCUUCAUCAACAACUGGAUGACGGCCAAGGAGACCAUCAAGGCCACCUGCCAGGCCAAGCCGGCGUUCGCCAGGUUCCUCGACGCCAUGGCGCGCGAGCACAAGGGCAGGCUGGCCCUGGACCACCUGCUCAUCAUGCCCGUGCAGAGGAUACCGCGCUACGAGCUGCUCAUGCAGCGGCUGCUGAAGCACACGGAGCGCGUGCACCCGGACCACCAGCUGCUGCUGGCGGCGCUGCGCGGGGUGCACGAGCUGGCGGUGCGCAUCAACUGCACGGAGCGCGCCGGGCUGGAGCAGGAGCAGCAGCUGCAGACGCUGCGCGAGCUGGAGGCGCUGGUGGAGGGGCUAGCGGGGCUGGCGAGCCCCGAGCGCUGCUUCCUGCGCCACGACCCGGUGGCAGUGGCCACGGCGCACGGCCGCAAGGACCGCGUGCUCUUCCUCUUCUCCGACCUGCUGGUCGUGGCCAGCAUCAAGCGCCGCUCCGGCACCAUGCGCAAGCCCUCCACGAACUCUCCCGGGACGGUGACCAGUGCCCUGGAGGCCAACAAGUACAAGCUGCUCAUGAGGAUACCGCUCGAGGACCUGGAGGUCAUGCGAGCCAAGGACGAGAACCUGCGGAGGAUGCUGAGCGAGAUGGCGUGCCUGACGGAGGACGUGGCGGCGCUGGCCAAGGUGGCGGACCUGGUGGGCGCCCUGCACUGCCCCCACGCGCAGCUGGAGGAGCUGGUGCGCGACACGCUGGCCGCCCUCGCCCGGCAGCUGGCCGACCGCCAGAGCAGCGACUCCCAGCUCGCCUACAUGGAGCUCACCGUCGGCACGCAAAACGGAAUCGAGAACAUAUCAGUAGUUUUUACGAAACCAGAGAAGCGAACGAGUUGGGAGGAAACAUUCAAUGAAGCUAAACAAAAAUUAGCGCUGUCGGCGGACCGGCGGCCCAGCCCGGAGUUCGUGGCGCCGCUGCCGAUCCGCAAGACGCGGGCGGGCCUGCAGUUCACGUGCGCGGCGCCCACGCUGGGGCUGAACGCCCGCAACCUGCGGGACGUGUGGGUGUGCAACAGCGACGGCUACGUGGGCCAGGUGUGCGUGCUGAGCCUGCAGCCGGAGCCCACCGUGGUGUCCUGCAACGGGGUGUGCAACGCCCGCAUCCUCUGCAUCGCGUCCAUCCCCGUCUGCGACCCAAGGUCAAGUGCGUACCUGUCGCCCGGCCAGGUGCCGGUCGCCAACAGCAAGGCCUGCGUCAGCAUCUCCGUGGAGGACACGGACAAGACCGCCGGCAACAUCCAGCUGGACAGCAGCAGCUCGUCCAGCGAGUCGGAGGACGACGACCGCGAGAGCCUCGCCGCAGACGACGAGCAGAAGCGGGCGCGCGGGGCGUCCGACCCGCCGGCCGGGGAGAGGGGAGGGGGGGAGCCGCCGCCGCCCGGGGGGGCGGGCGACGACGCGGGGGACUCCGCCCUCCAGCCCACCAUGUGGCUGGGCACCGAGGACGGCUGCAUCCACGUCUACAACUGCAGCGACAACAUCCGCAUCAAGAAGAACAAGGUGAAGAUACAGCACGGCUCCUCCGUCCAUUGCAUCAUAUACUUGGACAACAGAGUUUUUGUAUCGCUCGCUAACGGAGACAUUACUGUUUACGUCAGAGACAAUGCCGGGGGGUGGAACACGGCCGACCCGUACACGGUCUUGGGGACGGUGGCCGCCCCGGUGAACCGCAUGCUGCCCAUCGCGGGCAAGCUGUGGUGCGGCUGCCACAACUCCGUCAAGAUCCUCAACACCGCUUCCCUCCAGGUCGAGCACUCGUUCCAAGUGGGCACGGACGGUGCGCGGCCCGUGACGUGCAUGGCCGCGUCUGGCCUGGGCGUGUGGGUCUCGCUGCAGAACUCGGCGGUCCUGAAGCUGCUCCACGCCACGUCGUACGAGCCGCUGUGCGACGUCAACGUGGCGCCGGCCGUCACCAAGAUGCUCGCCAGCUGCGACGACAUCAUCCGGCAGCACAAGGCGGCGUGCCUGCGCGUCACGUCGCUGCUGGCGUGCAAGGACCUGCUGUGGGUGGGCACGAGCGCGGGCGUCGUGCUGACCGUGCCGCUGCCCCACGUCUCCCCCUCCACCUCCAAGCUGCUGAACGUGCCCACGCCCUCCGGUGUGCCCCACGGACACACGGGCCAUGUCCGCUUCCUGACGUUCGUGGAGACGAUGCCCGCCCCUCCGGCGGAGGCGCUGGCGGCCCGGCCCGCCUCCCACCACCGCCACUCACUCAAGGCCAAGCCGGAGCUGCAAGGGGGCGCGGCGGGCCAGAAGCUGCUGGUCAUCUCGGGCGGCGACGGCUACGAGGACUUCCGCACGUCCAGCGCCUCCGAGGUCGCCGGCCGGGAGGACUCCACCAACCACCUCCUGCUGUGGCACGUCUAGGCCACCUCACCGCGGGCGAGCACCGAGGCGCCGAGGUUCCGCGUCGUCCUGGAGCGAGUUUUGUCUUCGCCUCUGGUUUUGCUGCUGUGGCACGUCUAGGCCGCAUCAUGAUCACCGAGGCACCAGAGGCCUCGCUCGAGUAUCAUCUCCGCUUCUGGCUUUGUUGCCGUGGCAUGUCGUCCGCGGGCGAGGACGUCAAACCUCGAGGCUUUCCGCGGUCCUGGAACAAGUAUUAUCUUCUCCUACGCCAUUUUGUUGUUGCGGCACGUCUAGAUUCUCCCGCCAAAUCUGUGCCAUCUGCAGGUGAACGCAUAGGUACCGGGUAUCAACUCAGUCCUGGAACUAGUAUCAUCUUCGCCUCCGGCUUGCUGGACCUGUCGCAACUUCGCCGGAGCCCUGCUAGUCGUCUGGUUUCUGGGUUCUUGCCGGUCCUCACAACGGCUGUGGCUGAGCCGGGAAUCGCGCGUCGCCAUCGUAAACCACUCUGACAAGCAUUCCCCAGCGGAGCGGUUGCCCAUUCCCCGCGAUGCACAAAGUAAUCUUUGGGUAGCACUGAGGUAAAAACAUGACGCAGGGGCUGCAGUCACGUACAUUUGCAGACCCACAAAGUCGAUGGAAUGAUAAGGCAAAUGUCGUACGUAUUCUACACUCACACAAGGAAUUUUCAACACAGUAACUUUCAUCCUGGCAAAUGAGUCAAGAGUCCCGAGAAACAUUUAAACAGGUUAUCAUUCUGGCUUUACUGACAUUUCCCUACUUUUUUUCUAUGGAAAAUUUGUCAAAAUAUUAGGUUGCGCCAGAUCAGUUUAUUUUGUGGACAUCCAGAUAGUGUUGUUUUUGUUUUGGUGAAGUCACAAAAUUUGCACACUGAGAAAGUACCAAGUAGUGUUAUAAAUUACAUGGUUAGUAUAAUCACAUAAAUAGGUACUUAAUGGACUUGUCUAUUAUUGCCUUGGAACACAUCUUCCUAACCUAUGGACUAAUGUCAUUUUCGUCCUAAACCUCUGGUCCCAAUUAUUUGUGUGAUUAAUACAGCAGUGUUCAUAAAGAAGACAGUGAUAUUUUUAGGCUCUGCAUCUUGACCUUUAGGUAGAUAUAGAUUAUUUGUGUUUUUUUUUAGCCCAAAAAUUUCUAGCUAUUAUUUAAUUUAAAAUAAGCAAUCAAAUAUUCCAACAACAAUAUUAUGCAUUGAUUUAGUCUUCUUACCUAAUUUCUUGAUGAUGAAGUUUUAGUUCAGGUUUUUAUGUAGGUAUUGGAUAAUAUAUGUUACCUAUUGUUGUGCAAAUGUUGCAUAUUUAUAAGUUUUACCUUCCUAUAAAUGACUCAUUGAAUGCAACUACAGCUAUUUCCUGGAGGUGUUAAAGAUAUAUUUUAAAUCCUAUCCCUUCCACUUCCACUCUUUUGGUCACUUUAAGCCCUUUUUCUUAUGAAGGGCAGUUAAACCUAGUCACUCCAUUUUCUUGUAUGAUAGAUGCCUACCUAAGUGCUCAAUAAUUAAUUAAUUUUCUUAUAGUUAGUAUCAGCCAGUUAAAGGUUUAUUUAACUUGGGAAGCAGUUAUCGGAACUGUGCAUCUUAUGUACUUAUACUGAAGCACAACAUUCAAUGUAACGCAUUUGAACUUUUCAGUCAUGUUUGUUGUUCGAUGAAGUAUCUAAAACAUUUUCAAAAAAUUCCAUUAAUUAGAAUCAAAACUGAAUUGUAGAUAACACAAGUUAUUGUGAUUUUUACUGGUUUUUUUUUCCAUACAGCAAAAGUAGAGGAAGUCAGAUUGUCAAAUGAAAGCUUGUUGGAUGAGUGAAUAAUGCAUUGUGGAGUAUGUAUUUAUUUAUGUAGGCCUGGUGCCCUGAUGUUAAGACAAACAAACCAUAUCCUCCGUAGUCAACUGUCUGUGUUAUCAAGACAAUAACCUCUUUUUUUGGUGUUUGUAAAUUUAGACAAAGACACUAAAGUACCUACGAUUUUUGAGCAUUCAUUUCGGAACAAAGUAUGGCCAUUGAAUAGACAGUGAACAAAGACCUGUUUCGAUGCUUUUGAAAUCUUAACAACUAUUAUCAUAAUUUGGCCACUCUAAACCCCACGUAAAAAAAAUUUUUUGUGGUGAUAUGUAUAGCAUUUUAAGGCUGUUGGUGUAACUUUGUCAGAUUAUUUUACUAUUGAAAAUAAAUAAUGUGAAUAGUGUAACUAAAUGUUGUUAACUUAUAGCUGAUAAAUUAAAAACUAGAUUUAAUAUUGAGAUGUUUCGUGUUGUAAGAACCACAUAUCAGUGUGGGGAAUUUCAUAUGCUUAUGGGCUAUGUUCUGAGACAGUAAAACAGUGUGUGUGCUCAAAAUUGUUUCAAAGCAGUGUACAUAUUUAUAAAUAAUUAAAACAUUAUAAAAUUUAUUUUAGUGAAGCUGUUACCUGUAUCAUUUAAUUAAUGUUAAUUUCUUAAAAGCAUUUAAAAAUUUUCUGUAAUAUAUUUAUUUACACAAA